AAGUUUUUAAAUAGAGUUUUAUAUAAACAAUCAUAUGUUUGUUUGAUAAAAAUACAACCGUUGUUUUGUUGAGAAAAAUCAUCCUAGUGGCAGGCUCCUCAUUUCCAGCCUCUCUUGAUUCUUCAUCCUAAAAUACAAUCAAACCCACCAACCCAUCGAGAGAUUUCCCCUAACAGCCAAUUUCUUCCAACAUCAUAGUUUCAUAAUCUUCACUUUUUCCCAACAUUUAUAACUUUUUCGGAUCCACUAUCUUUUGAGUUCUUCAAUCAACUCAACAGAUUCCCAUAUCAGCUUCAUUUUUUUCUGCAUUUGGGGGUCAGAAAUGAGCUAGAAAAAUCUUUUCUUUUUGUCUGAAAAUUAGGUUUGAAUUUUUUUUUUCGAAUCAUUUUGAAGGCAAAAAGAUUUGUGGGUUAAUUCUGGAUUUUGUUUCUGAUUCUCAAUUCGCAGAAAAAUCUUGUGACAUUUUACCGGAAAAGAAAUUGUGAGUUUUGUUUGAAGAUUGCAUUUUAAAACAAGAAUCACAGAAAAAAGAUUGGGAAUUUUGUGAAUAUUUAUGAAAUUUUGAACAUUUUCAUUACCUUAAACAGAAGGGGUUCUGGUUUGAUUAGGAAUUGAAUUUGUAUGUAAAAAAGAAGAUUAAGAUCAUAUUUUUAUUUGGAAUUUAGUGAGGUUUUGAAUUUAUAUAUAUUUUCUAGAAUUAAAAGGGAUUUGAGCUUGUUUGGGGAUAAACUUUAGAGGGUUGAGCAAAUGUUCAAUUUGGUAUAAUUGCAUAAACAACACAUUGAUUCAAAUGAGAAGGGCUUUGUUAUGGAACGGUACAAUCUGCUUUGCCAAAAGGGUUGGUUUUGUAGGUGUUUUUGUAGCUCUUCUGUGUGUAGUUUUGGUAGAUCUUUUGGAAGGAAAUCGUUCGGUCCAUAAAGAAUGUUGGUAUGGCAAUGGAGCCGAUUUGACAUCUCAAUUUAUUGAAGAAAAUGCACCGACACUGUACUGUCUUGACGAGUUUGAACAAAAUACUAUACCUAUCGACGAAUGUAACCUGCAUUGCGUAAAUGGCAAAAGAUCCACAUAUAACAACUGUGGAAAAGAUGAGUGGCAAGAAAAUCUUUCUAACUCAUACGAUCCCGAUAAUCACCAAACAACGUCUUACAGAAAACUUCCUGACAAUCUACAAAAGAGAGCAUGCCCAAGUGCAGCAUCCGAUCAUGGGCUCGCAUGCUCACCAUCUACGGUCAAACGUUCUCCUAUUCGGGCCCUGCUUUCAUCACCUGAAGAGUUGGAGAACUCUUACUCUAGGCCCUCGCGUAAGCUUGUUGAUAUUGGAGCAAUUGGCGGGCAACCGUUGUUGAUAGGUGUCGUAGUGAUAACUAUGGUGGUAACACUCGGCCUUUUUGCUUCGGUGUUGUAUUGUUGUCUUGGACGCGAUGCACUUAGACCAGCCAAUGCGAAUAAAUCACAACACGAAGAAGACGAAAAAGAAGAAGAAGAAGAAGAAGAUGAACUUAAAGUCAACAUACGCUCCAAGGGCUAUAAAAACAAAUUAGGUACUUUACAAAGAUCAAUGAAGGUGUCGGUUCGUGAUCCCAAGAUCAAGAAUUUGCUCGACAGCGUCGAUGAAUCCGGAACCGCAUCUUUACCGCUCCCACCAGGAAAGUUGGCUGUCUUUUCACCGCCACCACCAGCUUCACCACCACCACCACCACCGCCACCUCCGCCACCACCACCGCCUCCGCCUCCGCCACAAGCAGCUGGCCCACCACCGCCACCACCACUGCCUGGCUUGAAAGUACCACCACCGCCACCAAAGGCAGGACGCCUACCUCCAUCAAACAAAUCGGGUAGUCCAAGGCAUAACGAUGUUAAGGAGGAAAACAAUAAAGACGGAGAUCCGGGUCCCACACAAACCAAGUUAAAGCCGUUUUUUUGGGACAAAGUGAAUGCUAUUCAAGGUCGUUCUAUGGUUUGGCACCAUCUUAAAGAUGGAUCGUUCCAGUAUGAUGAGGACAUGAUGGUGGGUCUGUUUGGUUAUGUGGCUGCUCAAAAUAAGAAAGAGCGCGGGAAGAUCGAUUCUAACUUACAAUCUCAAACCAAGUUGAUACAGAUCAUUGAUUCAAAAAAAUCGCAGAAUUUAGCUAUUCUUCUACGAGCAUUGAAUGUGACAACUGAACAAGUCUGUGAAGCAGUUAAGAAAGGCACUCAGCUUCCAGUUGAGCUUAUUUCAACUUUGUUGAAAAUGCAACCAACUCAAGACGAAGAACUAAAACUUCGGUUAUAUAAUGGCGAUCUUAACCAACUCGGUACUUCAGAACGUUUCCUCAAAAACUUGGUUGAGAUCCCGUUUGCGUUUAAACGUCUCGAAGCUUUGCUGUUCAUGAGUUCCCUUCAUGAGAAUUACCAUGUGGCUAAAGAAUCAUUUGCCACUCUGGAGGUAGCAUGCAACAAACUUACAAGCAGCAGACUCUUCUUGAGGCUUCUAGAAGCAGUUCUCAAAACGGGUAACCGGAUGAAUGACGGUACAUACCGUGGUGGGGCCCAGGCGUUCAAACUCGAUACCCUUUUGAAACUUUCUGAUGUCAAAGGAACCGAUGGAAAAACGACUCUUUUAUCAUUCGUGGUUCAAGAAAUCAUCCGGUAUGAAGGAAUCAAGGUGGCUAGACACCAAGGUCUCGAACCGAACAAUGAAUCACCCGAACAUCUCAAAAUGUUAGGUAUGGAGGUUGUUUCGAAAUUAAGCGAGGAACUCAACGAUGUGAAAAAAGCAUCCAUUAUUGACGGUGAGAUGUUAACGUCAACGGUUUCUAAAUUGGGAAAUAUGUUGAAGAAAACGAAAGAAUUUAUGAAUGAAGAGAUGAAAAAAGCAGAAGGAGCUACCGAGUUUAUUAACGCACUCACUCGGUUUUUGGAGUAUGCAGAAGCGGAUAUCAAGUGGAUGAUCGAAGAAGAGAAACGGAUAAUGGCAGUGGUCAAGAGCACAGCGGAUUAUUUCCAUGGGAAAUCUGGAAAAGACGAAGGCUUACGAUUGUUUGCCAUAGUUCGCGAUUUUUUAAAGAUAUUGGAUAAUACAUGUAACGAAGUGAGAAAAACAUUGGCCAUACAAAAAAGACUUAACCAUAAGGAAUCUACACCUGCAAAAACAAACAAGCGGUAUUGGAAGAACACUCGCGAUAAGAUCAUGAUCAUGAAAGACGCGGUUAAAAUGAUACUUGAAGCGCUUUAUGAUGGCGACGACGACGAUGACGAAGUUCAAGACACAGGUCAGAAGUCAUCACCGACGCCUGCAAGCACUUCUUCACCGUUUAUGCCGAGUAUUCAUGAUAAACUCGCGCUAUUGGCUAUAAACAAUCAACAAACAGACGGUUCAGAUUCGGAUUCAGAUGACUGGAGCAUAGAUAACGAUGAAACGAAACAUUCUUCAUUAGAUGCUAAUAAUCAAGCCAAGUCACGGGCUAUGGAUGACAAGAUGGAUGGUUUAGAAGCGGAUGACUGGAGUUCAGAUAACGGAGAAAAGGAACCACACGCGUCAGACGAAACGCGUUGGCGGUUUUUGACGGAUGCUGACGGUGAGCAACCGUUCCCGACUGACUUGGGGUUGAAUGAUGAAGAUACAAUGCAGGUUGAAAGCGAGUCACCUUAUGCAUCGACACCACCUACUUCCGUAGAUAUUAGUCCACAUAGUUUCGUGGAUGCUGAGGAUGAACGAUUGCUCUCAGACAUAAAAGACGAACGGAUAAAUGGUCCAGAUGCUGAUAGCUUCCAUUCAGAUGGUGAUGCUUCCUAUAAUGAACUACUGGUUCCAGUAGUCGAAGCUGAGACGAUGACUGAUUCAGAUGAUGAUGUACAACGGCAGAGUCAAACGGAAGCACCGCAUACACCGGAAUCGCCUAUUUCUGAAGAAAUAAGCGAUCGGGGGUUAUCAGAUGCAAACAAGUUCAACGAUGAGCCAACAUAUGAUUCGGACUCCGAUGCACAACAUACGCCAGAAUCACUUACUUCUGAAGAAAGAAGCCAACAGUUACAAGAUGUUAACGAGUUCAACGAUCAUGUUGUAACAGGGCAGAGUCAAACAGAAGCACAGUAUACAACCGAAUCACCUAUUUUUAAAGAAAGUAGCCAACAGUUACCAGGUGUUGACGAGUUCAACAUUGAUGAUGUAACAGGGCAAAGUCAAACCAAAGCACAACAUACACCGGAAUCACCUGCUUCUGAAGAAAGUAGCCAACAGUUGUCAGAUGUUAACAAGUUCAACGAUGAUGUAACCGGGCUGAGUCAAACCGAAUCACCUACUUUUGAAGAAAGUAGCCAACAGUUACCAGGUGUUAACGAGUUCGACGUUGAUGACGUAACAGGGCUGAUUCGAACCGAAUCACCUACUUUUGAAGAAAGUAGCCAACAAUUACCAGGUAUUAACGAGUUCAACGUUGAUGACAUAACAGGGCUGAGUCAAACCGAAUCACCUACUUUUGAAGAAAGUAGCCAACAGUUACCAGGUGUUAACGAGUUCGACGUUGAUGACGUAACAGGGCUGAUUCGAACCGAAUCACCUACUUUUGAAGAAAGUAGCCAACAGUUACCAGGUGUUAACGAGUUCGACAUUGAUGACGUAACAGGGCUGAUUCGAACCGAAUCACCUACUUUUGAAGAAAGUAGCCAACAGUUACCAGGUAUUAACGAGUUCAACGUUGAUGACAUAACAGGGCUGAGUCAAACCGAAUCACCUACUUUUGAAGAAAGUAGCCAACAGUUACCAGGUGUUAACGAGUUCAACGUUGAUGACGUAACAGGGCUGAGUCAAACCGAAUCACCUACUUUCGUAGAAAGUAGCCAACAGUUACCAGGUGUUAACGAGUUUAACGUUGAUGACGUAACAGGGCUGAGUCAAACAGAAUCACCUACUUUUGAAGAAAGUAGCCAACAGUUGCCAGGUGUUAACGAGUUUAACGUUGAUGAUGUAACAGGGCUGAGUCAAACAGAAUCACCUACUUUUGAAGAAAGUAGCCAACAGUUACCAGGUGUUGACGAGUUCAACGAUGAGCUAAUGAAUGGUUCAGACUCCGACGCUUGGCAUUCAGAUGAUGAUGAUGUAACAGGGCAGAGUCAAACAGAAUCACAACAUACAAACGAAUCACCUACUUUUGAAGAAAGUAGCCAACAGUUACCAGGUGUUAACGAGUUCAAUGAUGAGCCAAUGAGCGAUUCAGACUCCUCCGACCCUUGGCAUUCAGAUGAUGAUGAUGUAACAGGACAGUCAAAAGGUGGUGCAAGAUGAGCUGGAACGACCUGCUUCUGAAUAGGGAACAAGCCAACUGUCAGGUGAACUUGCGGUUGAAGACGAGCAGACGGAUGGUUCGAGCUUAGAUCAUGAAGGGGCUAGUUUCAAAUAACAUAGGUUAUGCUCAAAUCAAUGUACUGUGUAAAAUUAUGUUAUAUGUUUCAUCAUUCCACCGGGCCAUUUUCUACACAAUAAAAAGUUUAUUUGUAUUGUUAUCCA